ACCGAUGCCCUCACUCAAGAUGGCGGCGCAAGGCUCGCGCUUGGUCCCGUCAGGCGGCGCGCGUGCUUAGGCUGCAUAUGCGGCCAAGCCCUAGGGAAGGGGGCGGGUCCACAGAGGUAGAGGGACGCUUGCCUUGCGGCCCGGCCAGGAGUCUUCGUCGCCGCGGCUACCGCUGCUGUCACCGUCACCACUCCCGGAUUGUGGAGGGCAAGAUGGAGCCGGUCACCAUCGCUACCGACAGCGGGGACCGGCCGGGGACCCCGGCGGGCUCAGGCCUGUCGGCUUCCCAGCGUCGGGCCGAGCUGCGGCGGAGAAAGCUGCUCAUGAACUCGGAACAGCGCAUCAACCGAAUCAUGGGCUUUCACAGGCCGGGGAGCGGCGCCGAAGAAGAAAGCCAAACAAAAUCAAAGCAGCAGGACAGUGAUAAGCUGAACUCCCUCACCAUUCCUUCAGUUUCAAAGCGAGUAGUGCUGGGUGAUUCGGUCAGUACAGGAACAACUGACCAGCAGAGUGGUGUGGCCGAGGUAAAGGGGACUCAGCUGGGAGACAAAUUGGACUCUUUCAUUAAACCUCCUGAGUGCAGUAUUGAUGUAAGCCUUGAGCUCCGGCAGCGCAACAGAGGAGACCUGACAGCAGACACUGCCCAGAGGGGUUCUCGCCAUGGCCUAGAACAGUACCUCUCCAGAUUUGAAGAAGCAAUGAAGCUAAGGAAACAGUUGAUUAGUGAAAAACCCAACCAAGAGGAUGGAAAUACAACUGAAGAAUUUGACUCUUUUCGAAUAUUUAGAUUGGUGGGAUGUGCUCUUCUUGCCUUUGGAGUCAGAGCUUUUGUUUGCAAAUAUUUGUCCAUAUUUGCUCCAUUUCUUACUUUACAACUUGCAUACAUGGGACUAUACAAAUAUUUUCCUAAGGGUGAAAAGAAGAUAAAGACAACAGUACUAACAGCUGCGCUUCUGUUAUCCGGAAUUCCUGCUGAAGUGAUAAAUCGAUCAAUGGAUACUUAUAGCAAAAUGGGCGAAGUUUUCACAGAUCUCUGUGUCUACUUUUUCACUUUUAUCUUUUGUCAUGAACUGCUUGAUUAUUGGGGCUCUGAAGUACCAUGAAGCCUGCAGAACUCAGAAAGAGAAGCUUACAAAAAAAAUUUCUCUUCUAUAUUGCAGUGACUCUAAAGGAAGCAUAUUGGUUUACACCCUUAUGAAAUUCUUUUACUUUUUGAGGUUUUAAAACCACUUGAUUAGGAAUGGAAUGGCAGGUUCCCUGACUGGAAAGGGUUGAGUUUGUAUUAAUACUGAUGCGAAGAUUAGAGUACCAAUGUCAGUAAUCAACUUUUCUUGUUUAAUUAGAAUUCCUAGUCUACACCUUUCCCUAACUUCUCAGAUUUGUAAUUCCUCUUUGAGAGCUGAGCUAGUGCUUUUAGGAGAGCAGAUGAAUGUUGUCUCAGCCAGUCCCAAGGACUGAAUCUUGUAUUUGUAUUGUUCUGUCCUGAGAAAUGGAGCCAUCUUAAAAAUAAAAUGAAAGAAAUUGAAUUGUCU